AACCUCAAAGACACCAAAACAUCAAACACCUAAUUAACCUCAAAAUCUUAAUAUCCUGUCCUGUCCACUAAAAGCUUCAACAACACUCCCAAAUUAACCUCACCUUAAUCCUUUGCUUUGGUUUCAAGAAUUCCCGACAUAGAAAAACGCUACCUUCUCAUAAUAUCUGUUGGUUGGGGAAAAGAAUGGCGCCGGAGAUCGUUAGUGGUUCUGCUAAUGCUGCAAUGGCGGGUGGGGGUUUAGUAGUGAAGGCUGCUAGCCUGUGUAGCAGAGCGUACGUGACGUUCUUGGCCGGCAAUGGGGAUUACGUGAAAGGGGUGGUGGGGCUGGCCAAGGGGCUGCGGAAGGUCAACUCUUCUUACCCGCUCGUCGUGGCGGUCUUGCCGGAUGUCCCGGAGGAGCACCGCCGGUUACUGGUGAACCAGGGCUGCAUCGUCCGUGAAAUUCAGCCGGUUUACCCGCCGGAGAACCAGACCCAGUUUGCUAUGGCGUACUACGUCAUCAACUACUCCAAGCUCCGUAUCUGGGAGUUUGUGGAGUAUAGUAAGAUGAUAUACUUGGAUGGGGAUAUCCAGGUGUUUGAGAACAUUGACCACCUGUUUGACCUGCCGGACGGCUACUUUUACGCCGUCAUGGACUGCUUCUGCGAGAAGACAUGGACUCACACUCCGCAGUACAAGAUCGGAUACUGCCAACAGUGCCCGGAGAAGGUCCAGUGGCCGGAGGAGCUCGGCCCCCGCCCGCCGCUUUACUUCAACGCCGGAAUGUUUGUCUUUGAGCCCAGUCUUUCCACUUAUGAUGACCUUUUGAACACCCUUAAAAUCACCCCUCCCACUCCUUUCGCCGAACAAGAUUUCUUGAACAUGUUUUUCAGAAACGUUUAUAAGCCGAUCCCGAAUGUGUACAACCUGGUACUAGCCAUGCUGUGGCGCCACCCGGAGAAUGUGGAGCUGGAGAAAGUGAAGGUGGUUCACUACUGCGCGGCGGGGUCGAAGCCGUGGAGGUUCACCGGAAAAGAGGCAAACAUGGACAGGGAAGACAUCAAGAUGCUGGUCAAGAAGUGGUGGGACGUAUACAACGACGAGUCAUUGGAUUACAAGAAUACGCCGGCGCCGGCGUCGGCAGUUGGCGGUGGCGGGCUUGAGGUUGAAGAUGACAAGUUCAAGGCGGUGGUGCUCCCCAAGACCGGCGUUGUUCGUUACAUCGCCGCCCCAUCUGCUGCGUAAUCAGCAGCCUCUGGUCCUUGUAUGUAUAUAUAUAUAUACGCCGUAAUGUAUGUUUUUGCUUGAUAUUUCGGAGCUUUUGGUAAUUGCAAACGGUUGGGAAGAAUUUAACGUUAUCAAUCAUCUCGAUGUUUAUCAACAAUCUGCCAUUAAAGAACUUACUGCUGGUGCGAGUAAUUAUCUUGAUGGUUAAGUAAAACAUUUGUAUUUUGACUAUUGUCUCAUAUUUU